AUGGUAAGAGAACACGUACUAAUGCUUUUAUGGGGGACUACCAUGUGUCUUUCAAGAACCAAGAGGGAUGUGCUUCAAUGGAAUUGGACUACCGAUAAACGCUUUUCUUCCAAGUCAGUUUACCACCAAUGGGAAGAGAUUGGUCAUUCUCGGAACCAACUCUUGGGCUCACUGUGGAAAAAUCUUUGCCCUCCUAAGGUGGAAAUUUUUUCGUGGCUGGCGAUUCAGGAUAGGGCCCUAACACGAUCAGAGCUCUUCAGUAGGAAUAUCAUUCAAGAGGGCCAAACAGUUUCCUGCCCUUUGUGUUCCUUGCAUCUCGAAACUCCUGAUCAUCUUUUCUUGCACUGUAUAUUCUCUUGGAAUAUUUGGUCUCUAAUUUUGGAUUGGUGGCAUGUUCCGUGGGUUUGUCCUAAUUCGUUGGCAAAUUUAGCUAUAUGGUGGUUUGACAGCGGGUUUAGGAAUCUGGAGAAAAAUAUAUGGGAAGUGUCUUUCUAUGCCACUUUGUGGUCUUUGUGGCUAGCCCGGAAUGACCUCGUCUUUAACAAUGCAAAUUUGAGUGUCGAGGUAGUAGGAGAAUUGGUGAAAACUAGAGUCGCAAUGUGGAUGAAGACCAAGUUCGGAAUCAAGAUUUAUUCGGUGGAGGAGUUUAAAUUGUUUCUUGACGUGCAGAUCAGGGCAUAUCCAACUGAAGAUGUCAAAGCUGACAUGGACCGAGCAAUCGUAAUUUUUGACAGUAAUGCACCAGCCAACCAAUGUGUCUUCUCAUAUGCCAAAGCAGACGUGGAUUUGAAGGGAGGACAUGCCUACCAAUUUUGA